AUGAUCUUCGAUGCUCACGCUGGCACAUCUUCUGAUGUUGCACAAUCCACCAGUGCCUCCGGCAAUCGCUCAUCUACCUCUCCAUCCACACCUCCUCGCGAAACUCGACCGCUUCCGACAUCGCCAGUUUGCCCGACGCCCACGAAGAUUCCCCGAUUCCUCAAGUACGCUGAGACCGAGCUCGGCAUCCCGAAUGCGACUUGUUUGCAGUUUAGUAUGGAAGCCCAUGCAUAUGGGCCUGAUAUUCUCGAUAGCGUUACAGAUGCAGAGCUUAUGUCGGAGCUCAAGAUCAAGCGUGGAGAUGUCCUCCGGUUGAAGCGAGGCGCACCGGUCUGGUGGAACGGCCCACUUGCGAAACGUCCCCGUGUGGACGCGGAAGUUGCUGAGGGUGAGGGUUCUGAUAUGAUGAAAGUGCGGUUUGAACGUCGCUGGGCUGAUGGGGCGCAGAGGCUUUACGGUCCACGGAUCGUGAGAUGGGAUGGUCCUACUCCCGAGCGCGAUUACGAGGACUGGUACUUCUCUGAGGAGGCAGACGACUGGCUGAAGGUUCCAGAGGGUUACAUCCCAGAGUUUUGCUCUGAUUACUUACUCAAUGGUGGACAGCUCUGA